CAAGUGCAGUGAAACGCCGCAACCAUUUAUUUCAGUAUAUUUGUUUGACACUUGCAUUAACCCACAAAAUGAACAAAUAAACCAGCCAAUUACAUAUCGCUCACUGCCAAAGUCGAAAAGAAAAACAAUUCCAUUAAUAAUUAAUCAUAAUCACUCAAAAAAAGUAAUCAAAAAUCAAUUAAAAAUGUAACAAAAGAAAAUACAAAAAAAUACAAGUAGUUUAUGCAUCCAUUUAAUAAAGUCGUCAUCGCACCACAUCGCAUCGGGCUACACUUAGAAACAUUUUAUCUCUUUUCGACUGCCACACCAUCAACGCAUCUAAUCGCAUCACAAAGGACUUAAAAAAUUCUCUACUCUAAAACUUCGUUUUCAGCGUCGGACACAAUCGACUUGUGUCUUUUUCUGAUUUUUCCACAGUAAAGACGUGUUCUGCUCAUAGUUCUCGUUUUCAUAUGCUGUGUCUGUCUGCCUCUGCGACGAUAGCAAAAAAUUUCUAAGUUCAAAAAAUCCAUUGACUUAGAAAAAUUUUCACACAAAAAUUUUUCAUCAUAUUAAAGUACUAAUCAAAUCAAAGACCUUUUGAAAAUGAGUGUUGAAGUUGUGGAAGACGUUGCAAUUUCUUCGGAUGAUACCCCAGCGGUCGCAGAAAAUGGAGGGGAUGCGACUGGACAAAUGAAUGGGGUUAGCAACGGACAUGACCACAGUAGUAGCAAGCAUAAGUCAUCCAGUAAAGACAAGUAUAGAGACAAAGAUCGCGACCACAAAAGUUCAAAAAGUAGCAGUAGUCGCGAUAAAAGUUCAUCUGAUAAAAAGCAUAGUUCGUCAUCAAGUAGCAAAGACAAGCAUAGAGAUAAAGAUCGGGAUAAGAAUAAAGAAAAAGAUAAGCAGCGCGAUAAAGAUCGUGAUAAGGAUCGUAGUGACAAGCACAAGUCGUCAUCGUCAUCUCACAAGUCUUCAUCACGAGAUAAAGACAAGGAACGUGAAAAAGAUCGUCAACGGGAUAAAAACAAGGAAAAAAGUCGAGAUGACAAGGAACGCGAAAAGAAUGGAGAAAAGGAUAAAGACCGAGAGCGUAAUGGCGAAAAAGACAAAGACAAAGACCGGGAACGCCGCAAGGAUCACAAAAGUAGCAGUUCGAAUAGUAAGCCUCGUUCUGAACGAGAACAUUCGGACAAAGAUCGUUCCGAUCGUCACAAGAGCUCAUCAUCGAGCUCUAAAAAUAAACAUUCCAGCAGUAGCUCUUCGUCUAAACACAGAGAAAAAAGUAACCACUCGAGCAAAGAUGAGAGGCCCCAUGAAUACAAUAAUGGUGAGAGCAUGAAAGCCGUACCUCCAAACAAUGAUUAUAAUGAAUCUUGUACAGGUUUUGAUAACUCCGUCGUCAAGGAAGAUGCAGUCUUUUUGAGACCAGAUGAAGGUUUUAAUAUGUCCCAAGCCAGUUCAUGUGAUUAUUCAAUGACUCAGUUUAAAAAAGACGAACCACCGUUCGACAUCAAAGAAGAAGCUUCUGACAAUGAGAAUGAUGUUGACGUUUCUGGCAACAACAAUCAACAGGAUAUAAUGGAAGUUGAUGGAGACGUUGAUCCGCUUACUAUAACUUCCAAUUCCAUAAAAGAAGAGGAAGAGGAGGAUGACGAUGAUGAUGUGCCUUUGAUGAAGCGUAAACCACCAGCCGAAUUGGAAGAUAGUGAUGAAGAUGUACCAUUGUUGCAAAAGAAAAAACAAAAAGUUUCCAAAAAAGAUAAGGAAAAGAAAAAUGAUAAAAAGAAGGAAAAGAAGGUAAAGCGAGAGAUUAAAGAGGAAGAAGAUGAUUAUGACGAGAAGCCGCUUAAGAAAAAAAUCAAAAAGGAAAACGCAACAGCUGUUCAAGCAACACCAACUAAAAAGAGAGGAAGGGCUGGUGUAAAAGAAGAGGAACCAGAAGUUUGGCGUUGGUGGGAAGAAGAAAAGCGUGCUGAUGGAGUUAAAUGGAACACCCUCGAACACAAGGGUCCGGUGUUUGCACCUCCAUACGAACCACUGCCCAAGAAUGUGAAAUUCUAUUACGAUGGCAAAGAAAUGAAACUGACUAAUGAAACCGAAGAAGCGGCAACAUUCUAUGCCAAAAUGUUGAACCAUGAUUACGUGACUAAGAAGCAAUUCAAUGAAAAUUUCUUUAAAGACUUCCGAAAGACAAUGACAUCCAAGGAGAGAGACAUUAUCAAGGACUUGAAGAAAUGUAACUUCCAAGAAAUGUUCCAGUACUUUACCGCCGAAUCUGAGAAGCGCAAGAAUGCCUCCAAAGAAGAGAAGGCUGCUCGUAAGGUAGAAAAUGAGGAACAAAUCAAGGAGUAUGGAUUUUGUAUUAUUGAUGGACAUAAGGAGCGAAUCGGAAACUUUCGACUGGAACCUCCAGGAUUGUUCCGAGGUCGUGGUGAGCAUCCGAAAAUGGGCAUGAUUAAGCGUCGUAUUAUUGCCGAAGACGUUUCCAUAAAUUGUUCAAAGGAAAGCAAAGUGCCAGUUCCUCCUCCCGGCCACAAAUGGAAGGAUGUGCGUCACGAUAACUCGGUGACUUGGUUGGCUUCAUGGACGGAAAAUGUACAGGGACAAGUCAAAUACAUUAUGUUGAAUCCAUCGUCGAAGUUGAAGGGCGAAAAGGAUCACGUUAAGUAUGAAACAGCCAGACGAUUAGACAAGGUUAUUGAUAAGAUUCGUUCUACAUAUCGUGAUGAAUGGAAGUCAAAGGAGAUGCGUGUGCGGCAGAGGGCUGUAGCAUUGUAUUUCAUUGACAAGUUGGCUCUGAGAGCUGGUAACGAAAAAGACGAGGAUCAGGCCGAUACUGUGGGUUGUUGUUCAUUGCGAGUGGAACAUGUUAGCUUGCACAAGCAAAUGAAUGGAAAAGAAAAUGUUGUUGUGUUUGAUUUUCUUGGUAAGGAUUCCAUUCGUUAUUAUAAUGAAGUUGAAGUCGAGAAGAGGGUCUUCAAGAAUCUGGAGUUAUUUAUGGAAAAUAAGAAAGAAGGCGAUGACCUUUUUGACAGACUUAACACUCAAGUGUUGAACGAACAUUUAAAAGAACUUAUGGAUGGUCUUACUGCAAAAGUUUUCCGUACAUACAACGCUUCGAUAACAUUACAAAAUCAGUUGGAUUUGCUUACUGAACCCGAUUCAACUAUACCCGAAAAACUUUUAGCCUACAAUCGGGCCAAUCGGGCUGUAGCAAUUUUAUGUAACCAUCAGCGUUCUGUGCCAAAAUCACAUGCCAAAAGUAUGGAAACAUUGAAAGAGAAGAUUCGCCUAAAGCGAGAACAACUUGAAGAUGCUGAAAGCGAGUAUCCGGACCUAAAGAAAGCUGCCAAAAGAGGAUCAGUUAAGGAGAAAUUCAGUGCGGAUAAGAAACUCAAAGUAAUUGAACGUCUUAAGGAUCAACUUAAAAAACUAGAACUACAAGAGACUGAUAGAGAUGAAAACAAAUCCAUUGCAUUGGGUACAUCUAAAUUAAAUUAUCUCGAUCCUAGAAUUUCGGUUGCAUGGUGCAAAAAGAACGGGGUACCAAUUGAAAAGAUUUUCAAUAAAACACAAAGAGAGAAAUUUAAUUGGGCCAUUCACAUGGCAGAUGAAAAUUAUCGUUUCUAAGUUAAAUUAUACUCCACGCCUAGCAGUAUAAAUAAGCUUAUACGAAUACAACAUAUUUAAUUACCGAAUAUAAUAAAUAACCACCAACCAACAACAUCAAACAACGUAUGCAACUUACGUUACAAACAACAAAAUAAUAUAAAAUUAUUUUCCCUCAUCAGACAUUUCACACAAGAAAACGACUUAGGGUUUUUUUUAUUAUUAUUAUUAUAAAUUAUUAUGAUAAGAAAAUUAGUAUCAUUGCACACACUAAACAAUUUAUAAAUAACUAUACAUAUUAAGAAGUAACUAGUAGAUAUAUAUAUUUUAUUAUAAUAUGUCCUAUACAUAAUUUUUAAGAAGAACCAGAAGAUAAUAUUUAGUUAUUUUAUUAUGUAUUAUUUUUUUCUUUUUCUUGCUAUAAUUUUUCAAAAACAACAAAGCAAAUUUAACAAACAAAAACCUUCCUUAGUUAAUUUAUAAACACAAAGCAAAACAAAACAAAACAAUAAGAUAAACUCAGCGAAAUGAUAAGAAAUAGGAAGGAUUGUGUGUUUUAAUAAUCCUGUGCAAUUAUAAUGAAAUUUUAAAUGCAUUAAUGUAUUUGACUAUGUAUAUUUUAAGAUUAGUUCGAUUUAUAACAAAUUAAACAAAACAAAACAAAAGAAAAAAAGAAAUAAACUGAUGAUGCUGAAUUUUCAAUAAACAACAACUUAGAAAGAAUUGUGAAGAAAAUGAAAAUUUGACAAAAAAAAUAUGAUUUGUUUAAAAUAUAAAACAAACCAAGACAAAAAUAUGUUUGUUUGUUUGUUUCCAUAAGAAGAAGAAAAAGAAGAAGAGAACUUAAUCAAAGUUUGAAAACUUUAAAAGAAAAAUUAGUAACCAUAAAUAAAAAGUGUCGUAUCUAAUAAGACUUUUUCAAGAACAAAAAAGAAAAUUGACUCGCAGGUGAAAAUUAGUAAGAAGAUAGGAUGCAAUAGAUCUUACUCUCUUUGCACCCGAAUUUCCAAAAAAAAAAAAUUAAAAUACAUAUGUACAUGUUAUGUAUAUGUAUGAUAUACAUACAUUGUAUGUAUGAAUGUAAACAUUUUGGAAUAAAAAGAGCUCAGACCGAGAGAAACUUGUGGGUUUCUUUUGAAAGUUUUCAUUUUAAGAAUUUUUUCAUAGACUAGCAAGAUAAUAAAAAAAGUUUUAUGAAAUAAAUCAA